AUGUCCCUGCUGCAGGACAACUCUCCCAGCUGCUCUCACUCCACCUGCAGGUGGAUCAGACUUCUGACCGACAGGAAGCAUCGAGGCAGCCCAGGGGUGAACAGGCUGAAGAGGCUGGAUGAUGGCAGCUCUUUGGAUCACCAGUCUUUGAGGCAUGGUUCUAGUGAAAAACCAUUCAGCUGCUCUAAAUGUGGGAAAAGAUUUCACCUCGAAGGAGAUUUUAUGAAACACAUGUUAACUCACACAGGAGAGAAACCUUUCAGCUGCUCACUCUGUAAAACAUCUUUUACAGAGAGGGCACAUUUAAAGAGACACAUGUUAACUCACACAGGAGAGAAACCAUUCAGCUGCUCACUCUGUAAAACAUCUUUUGCACAGAGCAGUCAUUUAAAGAGACACAUGUUAACUCACACAGGAGAGAAACCUUUCAGCUGCUCACUCUGUAAAACAUCUUUUACAGAGAGGGCACAUUUAAAGAGACACAUGUUAACUCACACAGGAGAGAAACCAUUCAGAUGCUCACUCUGUAAAACAUCUUUUGCACGGAGCAGUCAUUUAAAGAGACACAUGUUAACUCACACAGGAGAGAAACCAUUCAGCUGCUCACUCUGUAAAACAUCUUUUGCACGGAGCAGUUCUUUAAAGAAACACAUGUUAAUUCACACAGGAGAGAAACCUUUCAGCUGCUCAGACUGUAAAAGAUGUUUUAGAGAUAGAGGAACUCUAAAGAUUCACAUGUUAACUCACACAAGAGAGAAACCUUUCAGCUGCUCACUCUGUAAAACAUCCUUUGCACGGAGUGGUCAUUUAAAGAGACACAUGUUAACUCACACAGGAGAGAAACCAUUCAGCUGCUCACUCUGUAAACGAUCUUUUAGACACAGACUAACUUUAAAGAGACACAUGUUAACUCACACAAGAGAGAACUCAUUUUAGUUGUUCUGGUUUUGGUAAAGUUGACAUUCCACUCCCUCACUUGUCAACAAGACCUUGAGAAACUGGACCUCCCUCGUUUGGGGUAGUGACUCACUUCCAACUGGGAGGACUCUAUCCACUAACCACUACGAAGCCAUCUCCACUAAGAGAAUAUUAUCUGGGUAGAGAAGUCACCGUGUUUGUUUUGUUUAGCUUUAUCUGCCCUGUUCUUUGUCAUCGUGUAUUUUAUGAACCCCCGAGUGUUCCUCUUGUGCUUGUAGCUGCUGUCAUAGCGAUCCAGUCUGCUGAGCUUUGUUGAGUUGAGAUCCUCUACCAAGAAUAUGUCAGCAGAAUGUAUUCCAUCAGUUAUCUCUAUGAAUACAUCAUGUCAACAUGUUCUCCUCUAUGAAGACAUCAUGUCAACAUGUUCUCCUCUAUAAAGACAUCAUGUCAACAUGUUCUCCUCUACACAUGAAGACAUCAGCAUCGCCAGUUCAACCCAUCCAGUAGAAUCUAGUCUUUGGCUUUUAUUUUCUACACAUGUGAGACGUUCAAAGUCCAGCUGGCCCUGAACGCAGCACAGCCCAGUAAUGAGAGCCGUUGGCUCCUGCUGAGCUUCACUGUUGAUUUUGAGACAUUAUUAAUGACUUUUUAAGCCCCGUUCUGGAGUCCGUUCUAAGAUCUUUGAACAUUCAACAGAUACUUGAUACUCUUUGUGAUUGUUCUCAUUAAAUCACACAAUAUGUCCCUCAACUUUGCCAAGAGCUACACAUUAUAAUACAUAUGUGUCUCAUCCUCACUUCAUCAGAACAUGUUGCUAUGCACAUUAGUUACAGAUCAUCUUUAGUCAGUUUUACACGUCAUCUAUAAUCUUUACCUACAUGUUGCAGGUUACUUUAAUAUUAAUAGUAAAACCCUCAGAAUGAAGUUUGAGCAGGAGACAGAAUAAUAUGAACUUCCAAAGAUUACAAAAGAUGGAACACGUGACGUCAGAGACGAUCUGGAGACUUUUCAGUUAUUAUAAACACAACACGCGUUACCUUGAUGCUCCAUGGAGCGGCUCCCUGCUGUGACCACCGUCAGGAAUGUGUGUGUGUGAGGAGGAGGAGCAGGAGGAGGAGAGACCCUCUGGUUGCUGUCUCACCCUUGUGGUUGAUGUUGGGACUGCAGCUCAUGGACUGGAGAGUUGAAUUUCAAUUCAAGAGACAGUGUGUGAGAUUUAUCGGCAUCUCGAGGUGACGAGGCUGCAGAUAGCAGCACCAGCAAGACCCCCCCCCCGCCUCCUCAGGCAGCAGAGAAGACCAAAACACUCUAAUAAACAGUAAACUUCAGGCCGACUGCUUCUGUCUCAGCUUGUUUGUAAAAUAAAUAAAAUAAUCUUGUGUGCAGCUUGAUAGCGCUCUAUAGUCCCACAUGUGUCUCUUGAGCCAGUGUAAGGCCACCAGGUACAGGUGGGGUCAGCUGGGUGAAGGUGACACAAGAUGUGCUCAUGAAUAUGAUUCCUGCGCUGACGUUUAAUGGAGAGAGAAAUGGAGGAGAAAUAUAUUUUGUGUGUCCCUGAAUUCCAAAGUCAUAUAACUCGACUUUGCAAUACUUCACACACAUGUGCACUGUUUGCACUGUUUUAUUUCCUCUCAAUGUUUUAACCUUGGUGGCAUAUUUUUAAGAAACAACAUCUUGACAUGACUUUUCUCUAUUUCACUGUUUUUCAUGUUGUCCUUUCAGAAAUUAAAUGUACAGAAGAAGCCUGUUUAUUCCUGGAGUGUUGAAAAAUUGGUUCAAUGUUGUUCUUCCAUAUUUGUCCCAGAGUUUGUAAGCAAGCUGCAGCUGCUGGUUUUUCUUUUCAAACUAAAUAUGUGUGUUCAUGAUAAAUGUUUAAAUGGUUGCUUAAGAAAGUUACAUUUAUAAUUUGCAUGUGAAAUGAAUAUUCUUCAUUUAUGAAAUGUAUUUUUCACUGGUAUGAUUUCCACUCUGUUACAUCCAGAUUAUGGUAAUUAAAUGAAAUCAACAAAUAUUAAGCAUA